AUGCUCGGACUCCCGCCGGGACUGAACAUCCCGCCGGAUUACAUUCCGGACCCCUCUCGAAUCAAGCAGCUCGCAUGGAAGCCCAGGGCUUUCCUUUAUCCCAAUUUCCUCUCUGCUGCGGAGUGUGAUUACAUCGUCAACAUGUCGCGCCCACUAAUGGAGCGGUCGACAGUGGUGGGGCAGGGAGGGAAGAGCGUGGUUGACACCAUCCGGACCAGCAAUGGCUGCUUCAUCGAUAAGUACAAGGACCCAGUCAUCAUGCGCAUAGAAGAGCGCAUUGGUGACUGGACCUUCCUGCCUCUUGCCAACCAGGAGGCGAUGCAGGUGCUGCAGUACCAGUACGGGCAGAAGUACGGCGCCCACUGGGACUAUUAUGACGAUAAGACCGCCCAGCCGGGCGGGCCCCGAUACGCCACUGUGCUCAUGUACCUCACUGACGUGGUCAAGGGUGGAGAGACUGUGUUCCCGCAGUCUGAGGAGGACUCCACAGUGAAGGAUGACAGCUGGAGUGACUGCGGCAAGCAGGGAAUUGCAGUGAAGCCAGCCAAGGGCAGUGCGCUGCUCUUUUUCAGCAUGAACCCCAAUGGCUCCUUUGAUACAGCCUCACUGCACUCCGGCUGCCCUGUGAUCGAAGGAGAGAAGUGGUCGGCCACCAAGUGGAUCCACGUUGACUCCUUUGACCCGCCCUUCCGUGACCCGGACGUGUGCCAG